AUGUCUGCCGGUCGCAAGGUCUUCCACUGCGCGGUGGACGAAACGGCGCUGACCACCAACGUCAGUGAAAUCAAAAAAUGGACGGCCAACGGAGCGAUCACGCUGGUCGUGCCCCUGUACACCCUCGAACGCCUCCACGCCCUGAAAAAGGCCGGAUCGCAAGUCGCCAUCAACGCCCGCGAGGCCGUCCGCUUCCUCGAUCGUGUAACCUCCGGCAAGGAUAGUGUUCCCUCGGACCGCGUGGUUCUGCAGGGUCCAAUGGAGCAAUACGACGACUGGGCCGAGACAGACCCUUUUUUUCUGCCCGAGUUCGAGGAGGAACCAGAGGUUGACGGCCCCGAGGGCCCCGACUCAACCGCCCCAGCCGCCCCAGCCAAACCCGAGGACAAGAGGAAGGAGAUGAAGAAGAACGGAGCGAACCAGGACGAUCUGUCGCAGAUGCUCCUCAGCAAACUCAACUUCAAAAAGGACUCGGACGCGGUGUCGCUCCCCUCAACUGGCACUCACAGUGGCCAUGGCUCGCGUCCGUCCUCCAGGAGCUCCCAAACCAGCCCCGAAUGUGCCAACUCCCACAUGGUUGAAAACGAUGGAUCGAAGGACCCCAAGGCGAAACCGUCCAAUGGGCAUCGUCGCUCGGCAUCGGCGUCCGCCAUUCCCGUCGUACCCGCCGCGCUCCGCCCUUUGCUCAGCGCACUGCUGUGGCGUCUGCACACGGGGCCGGACGCUUCUAACGCCGCCAAGAGCUGCAUUCUCGUCUCGAACGACCGGGCCACGCAGGUCUGGGCCCAGAAAUACGGCAUCGCCGUCAAGAAUAUCCACCAGCUGCGGACGUCCAUCCAAUACGAGGAGCGGGAGUACAAGAACCGGUGCAAAUACGUCGAAAAGACCCAGCCCGCCGAUCCCAAAACUCUGCUGUCGUACGACGAAGAGAGCGAGGAGGAUGAGCUCGUGUUUGUCCCGCGUGGACGAGGCAAGGGCGCUUCCAAAGGCGGCAAUGCGCGUGGAGGAAAUGGCCGCAAGGCGGCGAUCUCCAAAACAGCCCCGCCCCCGGUUGAGCAGACGAUGGAGGUCCCGACCCAGCCCAUCGAUCCGAACUCAUUCAGUCGGUCUCUCCGCGUUCCCUCGAAGCCGCAGCCGACGGUCGACCUCAGCACGCAGACCGGCGCGGCCCGUGGUAUGGCCGGGGCCUCGCGCCCCCCGCACACGGGUCGUCGCGGGGGAGCUCGCGGCGGCUCUCGCGGCAGCGGCCGUGGACAGGGCAAGCUGUGGGUUCCUUGA